CUGGCAACAAUUCCGCACUUUGAUUCACUAAGAAUAAACGAAAUUUUGAAUUCUGUUGAUGGUCUUGUUCCACUGGCUGAUGGAGGUCCUCAGCGCCUUGCAACAGUUGAAAAGAAUUGUCUGAAAUUCACUUCUCCUGAAGCAAAUGUCGUCGUGCUGCAGGACACCACCGUUGAAUAUGUUUUGGAAGAAUUGACCAACGCUCUCAACUUGCUUCCCCAUCUAAUAGCCCUUGUGUAUACUGGGGUCAUUUGUCAGGCCAGUGGUUAUUGGGUCCUUUCUGAUGCCGUUCUAAAGCCAGACUAUGUGACUGAAAGGAUUUCUUUGCUCUCUGAAAUAUUUCAUCAAUCACUGGCUGAUACGACAAAGGAGUCCAUGCCUUCAGUUAGUCUCCACAUUGCAUGUUCUAGCUUGCCCUCCGGCGGCGAAUGGCGUCAUGUUUUAUCAAGUCGUCUUCCGUCUACCAUAGCUGGCUGUCCUCUCCAUAUCACAGUGAAUCGCCUUCAUGCUCCUGCUAAAAAGACACCUGUGGGCGUUUCUGCUAAGCCUGAACUAGCUCCUUUGCCCACUGACCUUUCUGGUGAGCCAAGUGUAGAGGCUUUCUGUCAACGUUUGGAACCGAUGAUUCCAAAACCGGUACCGCCAACUACCUGCCAACCAGGAGCUAAAACAAACGGCUGCUCUAUUCGUGUCCAACACCCCUGUCUCUACAUCUUUCCCGAGGGUUCUGGCCAAUCAGCAAUCUUCGCACUGCCUGGGUUUACCUUGAUGGUCAACGCGGGAUGCUCGUGGGAGCCAAAGUGUUGGAAGAUGGCUCAAUAUCUGGAGAAUAUUGAUGCCAUUUUGCACACCCACUGGGGAGCUGAAAACACUUUGGGUCUGGCCUCCCUCCUGCCCGCUCUUAUGGCCUCUUCCGACAGCGCUUCCGUUCUGCCUAGGAUCACAUGUCUCUUGACCCCACCCCCUGGUUAUAUGAUAUCCCAGCCACUACCACCGCCCGCACUUGCUCCUGCGGAUCCUUUGGUAUUGAAUGUGGUCAAGAUAGUAGGUGAUUUGGCGCAUGUGAUGAAGCCUGCUAUUACAGAAUCGCGUCUCAUCACACUAGAGGUCAACCGGGGUGCUAAGAUGUCUGCAGUGCCGAAACCAUUGCCCCUCUUCUACAAGGCCGGAUUUGGCAGCCUCGAGCUUUACCCACUCACUCCAACCGAGGAGGAUCAGAUCGAUGUUAAAAAAUUGGCGGAACUGUGGACAAAAUCUGCUUCCAGUGUGGCUACAGCGCUCGCUACUGCUGCUAAGGGUCAUGUCACUGCUCCUAAACAGGCUGGUAUCCCACUUGCAUCACAACUGAGCAUCUCAGCUCUAUUGGUUUGGAAACCGGCUCGCAAGUCGGAUCGCCUUCUUCGUAUUCUCUUUGUGGCACCGAACGCACACCAACUACGUGUUCUUACAGCUUUGGAGGCUUUGCAUGUUGGUCUACCUUACAUCCAUCAUGCUGAUCCGUUUGCUGUUCCACCAACCAUGGCAUCUGGCUCAGGUCGUAAAUUGGCCUCUGCUCGACCCGCGACUACCUCUGCGCCAAGGGUCGUUUCGCAUACACCGAAGUCGGCCACCACUACCAAGGCACCGGCAAAAUCAGCACCAAAAAUUGAGGCCCGUCAGUUAAAAAGUGCACCACCAACAACGCAAAAACUGACUUUGAUGCCAUCGAAGACAGCCCCUCCAUUGAAAGGAAAAAAUAAAAUCAAGGAGAAAAGGGAAAAUGCACCAUCUCCUGAUGUGGCUGAAGAGAAUAAAGUGCCUGCGGAAUUGACACCGGAAGCAGAUCAUCAGUCGUCGAAUUCCGAGGGGAUGGAAGAAGUGAAUGGUGAAGAUGAGGUGAUGACGUCUCUUACUAAAUCGGCGGACGAAGCUCAUUUGCUGGAUGGUGAGCAGCAUGCUUCUAUGGAGCAGGAAGCAGAACUCCUGAAUCCUAUUCAUGAUUGGGGUCAGCCUCAAGCCAUGCCGGCUCCCUCCAGUGUCCCAGCUAAAGGAGUACGACAAACGGGCGCGAAAUCGACGUCUCCAGGAGUGACCUGUCAAGAGGGGUACUAUGAGGCCUCACUGGGCUUUUCGAAGGGUCUCUACGACAAACUUGCUAAGCGUACUUUUGUGGAUGUUGCGUUCCUACCUGGUGGUGGGGAUGUAAGUUUCGUGGACGCUGAAUUUUUCAAACGCGUUCUUGCUCGCUACUAUGUUGCUAACACUGUGGCUCCGACUGCUAAUCUGCUCAAAGCUCUUGCUGUUGGCAAAGAGACUUGGCAUAGUGACAAGUCAACACCGGUUGGGGACACUCAUGAGGUCUCACUCAUUUUGUCGCAUGAUACUCCUGCUCUGCUGGAGUGGGUUUCACUGAAUGAGAAGCGUCUGGCUGGUGACAAUAUCGACGUUCUGACAGUUGCUGAGCGUUCGACCAUCCAAUUGGUGACUGCUGGUGGUGAUAGAAAUAACAACGGUCUCACUUGCCCCGGCUUCCGUCUCGACUUCUAG